AAGAAAACCUGUGAGUAAUCUGAACCUGAGAUGGAUCAUCCAUUCUCUCAUGGCUUCCUUCUCAUCCUCUUGUUUUCUUCCAUUUUAUUCACAAUACAUGCAUGUGAUCUAACCGAACGCAGCGCCCUCAAGUCCUUUGCGAGCUCUCUGUCUUCCCCGGCAUUGAACUGGACUGCUUCAGUUGAUUGUUGCCAGUGGGAAGGCAACACAUGUAAUCAGAACGGUUGGAUCAUCCAAUUGCGGUUGCCAUCCAAGGGCCUCACAGGAGGUACUUUUCCUUCAUCACUUGGAAACCUUAAGCUUCUUUCGCACCUCAAUCUCUCCCACAAUCUGCUUUCCGGCUCUCUUGAAGCCGGGAUGUUCUUGUCCUUGAGUCGCCUUGAGAUUCUUGAUUUGAGCUAUAACCUUUUCUCCGGAGAAAUACCAAUGUCUUUAUCAUCAAGUUACAUCCAAAUAGUUGAUUUUUCAAGCAAUCAAUUCAACAGAACAAUUCCAUCUUCAUUCCUCCAGCAUGCCUGGAAUUUGAGCAGUUUGAAUGUCAGCAAUAAUCAUUUUACAGGUCAAAUACCUUCCUCUACCUGUCUUCGUUCAUCCUCGCUUAGAGUCUUGGAUUUCUCCCACAAUAAUUUCAGUGGCGCAAUUCCUCCCGGACUUGGAAACUGUUCCGAGUUGGAGGUCUUUCGUGCUGGCGACAAUACUCUCUCAGGAUCCCUCCCUACUGAUAUCUACAAUGCUCAGGCACUUCAAGAAAUUUCAUUAUCUACCAAUGGGCUUGUGGGACCCAUCAGUAAGAAUGUUGGGAAGCUCUCCAAAUUAAAGCUCAUGCGCCUUCAAUACAACAAUCUCGAAGGUCAUCUGCCCUCAUCUCUGAUGAAUUGCACAAACCUUGUUGAAAUAAAUCUGGGAUUCAACCGUUUUAGUGGGAAUAUCUCGGCGCUCAAUUUCUCUAAACUUACUCAACUUAGUAAACUAGAUUGUAUAAGUAAUAAUCUCACUGGGACCUUGCCAAUAAGCCUCUACUCAUGCAAGUCCCUCAAAGCACUUCGACUGGCUACAAAUGAUUUCGAGGGCCAAAUCCAACCUGAGAUUCUUCAAUUGAAAAACUUGACCUUCCUCUCACUUUCUCGUAACAGACUCACCAAUGUCACGGGGGCAAUGAAGAUACUGACGGGUUUCAAAACUCUCAAGGUGCUCCUUCUUGCAAAAAAUUUUAAAGGACACAUACCUGCAUGGAUUUCAAAGCUCGGGAAACUGGAAGUCCUGGAUUUGUCUUUUAACAGACUCACUGGCACAAUACCUGGUUGGUUGGGGACUCUUCCGCAUCUUUUCUUUUUGUGUUGAAUGACAACUUGAUUUCGGGUGAAUUUCCAAAGGAGCUUUGCAGACUACAAGCAUUAGUAUCGCAAAAGGCUGUGAAUGAAACAGGCCAUUGUUCUCUUGAGCUGCCCGUCUACUUUCAACGCGGUAAUAAUGCAACUGUGCUGGCUUCACAGUACAAAUAUCUGCCCAACAUGCCAAGAGUAAUCUCCCUCAGGAACAACAGUUUAAGCGGCAGCAUACCCUUUGAGAUUGGCCAAUUGCAAUUUCUUCAACAAC